CUCUCGUUCUCUUUUGCGCCGCCUCCGCUUUCUUUUUUACCUUGGCCUGGCCACGCGUUAUUACUGCUACCGCUUUCUGCUGCACUCUCGCCAUUCUCAGAUUGCACUGCAUCUCACCCUGCAUGACUGGCUAAAGUGCUUGCUUCCGCGACACCCUCUCAAAUACGGAAAGGAUUACGGCUAUCGAUCCUAGCUUACCUUUCUUCACCUCAAAGGGAAGCCGUGCGCUCCACGCUUCGCGAUCGUUGUACACCAACACCUUUGGUUGGAUUUCGCACUGCGCCUACCGCUCUUUCGAUUUUUUUGAACAUCGGCUAUUACUGCGUCGCUUCAUCCGCCGCUCUUUUUUUUGCGUGCGCGCGCAGAGCCCCAGUUCCCUGGACGCCGUCACCUGGAUUGCUUGCUUGCUUGCUUGCUGCUACAUUACCAACCCGGCGCAUAGCUUGCAUUUGCAUUACAGGCCCCGAGACACGGCCGCCAGCUGCCGUUUUUCGCUUGGCUGCCGAGCCAGCGUGCCCAUCCAACCUUGCACAUACUUCACAUUCCCUAGUCGUUAUUUUCCGCACCUGCAGAAAAGCAUCGCGUCUUUUCCAAUUUCCUUCUAGAUUUAACUAACAUCAUUAUCGUCGCGACAGACCAUGCAGCAGUGGCAGGUCGGCCCAGUGCCGGAGUAUGUUUACUCCAACUCCGGCCAUCCGCCUAAUGACAUGCACAACAACCCCUACCAGCCCGACAUGACCCGUCGAACCGACUUCCCUUACGGUGCUCCCCAGCCCAACAUGGGCGACCCUCAGCAGCAUCACCAAACACCGGUGCCGCCGCCGAUGGGUGUCCCCCAACAGCAGCAGCCUCCGAGCGGCCCUCCUUCACAGCAACAGACUCCUACUCCCGCACACGCGCAGCCUAAUCGCCAACGCAAGCGCCCUGCUCCUGGCACGGCGCCCGUCGUCCCUACCACUAUGAACGCCGGACAGGUUCAAGCGCCUGUACCCACCGCUCCUACGUCGCAGACAAUCAUCUCUCCCCCCAUCAUGGCACCCACCGACGAUGCUGGUGCUAUCGCGCCGCCUCCGGCCAAGAAGAGCAGAACAAACACUCCUUGGACGCCACAGGAGGAGCUGCGACUGAAGCAAAUGCGAGACGAAGGCAAGAGCUGGGCAGAGAUUGCCAAGACAUUCCCUACGAGAACCGAAGGCUCUGUUAAGAAGCAUUGGUACAAGGAUAUGCACUACGCCGAGUUUGCGGAAGACGAGAGCCAGGCCCUGCUCAACGCCAUCAAGGAGUACGAGAACAACAAGUGGAAGGUGAUUGGCCAAAAGGUCGGCAAGCCCGCCAAAGCUUGCGAGCAGUACGCCAAGGAGCACUUCCCCGAUCUCUUUACCCACGGCAAGGGACGAUAGAAGGCUCUGCAACAGCCUCAUUCUAUAUUUUAUUGGCUUAUACCCGAGCCGCGUGGCUCACUAGAUUGUUCUCGCACCCGCGGAGCAGCGGCUCAUCUGAUGUUUUUAGCCCUAGAGGUCGGUCCUCGAUGAUGGGCGGUUUAUUAUAAUUUUACGAUCAAAGACAGGUCGUCACUGUCAUUUCUGCAAUGUUUAUGGAAUUGUUAUCUUAUUGUUACGUCGAGCCAGAGAUGCCGACCUUCGAAAAAAUCGAAACUCCUCGCCCACUUGAUGCCGCCAGCCAGCGAUGCAGCCCGUCUUUGUUUUGUGAGGCUAGCAUGAUACCCUUUGGUGUGGCAAAGGCAGCAAGUGUGUCUGGAGCAGCAGGCUCACAAGAUUGAGCCACUCCGAAAAAAACCGAUAUAUUCCCCCCCUUCCCCGUCCUGGUUCGCUCGACUCGCCGCUUCGCUUUUCUCUUCUUACUUCUUCUUCCCCUUCUUAUAUUUGUCGACGCAAGGUCUGGCUUUGGUUCUAGAUUCUUCCUUUCGACCUCGCUCGCCGUUGGUGUCUUUAGCUCUCCGGCCUGGCUGCACGGAUUCUCUCUAGAUGAGCCGGCGCGGGCAGCGAGGUGAACGCUGGUUAUUUCACUUUUACUCGGAACGGUGUUUGAUGGCUGUUUGAAGACGUUUUGGUUGGAGCAAGGUUGUUUCUUGCGUGCUUGGUUCCUGUGCUACACCUUCAUUUGGUCGUGGCUUGGUAUCAUGCACAUUUUGCCUGCUUUCUUUCUUGGGGUUUUGGUUUGCGAUGGAUUUGAUUCACAGAAUGGGUUCUGGGAGAUAUUGAUAUGUGUGAUUUUUUUUUGUUUUGUGUUAUUCAAGCGUUUGCGCUGCUGUACACACAGCGGCUAACAUCGUUCUGCUUGCGGCAGAGAUGUUUUUUCUGGAUGUGCUGUGGAACGCAACUCGUCUUAAUGUGUGGAUGGAACACCCUCGGCCGAAGAAAAUUGUGGCUAUUUGAAGGACUCUUUUUUAUCACUUUCUCUCCCCCCUUUUUCUUGAUCCUUUACUUUUUGUUUUUAUCUUUGGACUUAGCUAUACCCCCAAUUGCCCGAUUCCUUUUGUUGCUCUUUAACCUUCUCGUCCUUUGUGAAACUCUUGUGACUGUUGUUUGUCGGUCUACUAAUCACAACAAGAGAGCUCGUCUACUGCUAUAUCAUACUCUCCUAAGCAACGGCUCGGCGACACCGCAUCAAUCUCUUCUGUUGGAUCUGGGAAUACGACCAGUGAGUGGCGCACGCAAAAAGGCCAUGAGUGAGCAGCAGUUCACGAUAGCCUCCAAAAAAAAAAAAUAAGCGCCCGGAAAUGCCCAUGCCAUGCUAACCAGACUUGAUCGGGCGAAAGACGC